AUGUCGGCGACGACUUCCAAUCGGGCUCAUCUAUACAAAAACAAUGGUCGCGCUCACGCCAUGCGCGAUUCACUUCGAAAAAGGUGCGCGGAGAAGCUCAGAGAGAGACGUCUGGACCAGUUCGCGUCGCGUCGACAAGUGGAAACUGCAGUGCGGGAAACGGUCAGUGCUGAGAUGAAAGCGGAUAUGGAUGACCUUGGUGAAGAUGCAUGGUUGGAACUGUUCGAAUCGAUUUCUAGAGCUCUUAUUCAAGAGCAGUAUGACGACAUACUCCGGCUUGAAGAGGAACGGCUAGCCGCGGACGUUGAGGAAUAUCUGAAUCCACCAGUGUACUGUCCUUCAUGUUUACGCUCACCAUUGACUGUUACGGAGAAGUCUGCAAUGUGUCGAAGAUGUUCGUUCCUCUAUAACUUCCCGAGUGGAUCGACACCACCAACGCAGUCAGAGCUGCGACAGCUACUCGCUGAUGGAUUCUUUACUCAUGAAGCAACCGAAUGUACUGUUCAACCAGAAGCUGUCCAGUUCAAUGGCCAGCUUCAACUGCGAUGUAGCGAUUGUGGAUUCCAUACAGUGAUCGUUUAG